GGGACAGGCGCCGGGGGCGGGCGCCGCCUCCCGCCCCGCCGCCGGGGCAGCGGGAGCCGCGCCAUGAACUGCAGCGACCCGGCGCUGGGGCUGGGAGCGGGCCCGGGAGCGGGGCGGCUGCGGGCGCUGCUCGGAGCGCUGCUGCGGGAGCUCCGCGGCGCCGGCGGCAACGGCAGCGCGGCCGGGGCCGGCCCCGGCGCGGGGGGCGACGGCUCGCUGUACAUCCUGCUCAUCAUGAUCUUCUACGGGUGCCUGGCCGGGGGGCUCAUCCUGGCCUACACCCGCUCGCGGAAGCUGGAGUCCAAGCACGACCCCUACCACCUCUACAUCGAGCGGGACUGGGGCCGCGGCGGGCCGGGGCAGGCGGCCGAGGAGGGCGGCCCCGCCGAGGGACAGCGGCUGCUGUGAGGCGGCGGGAGCGGCGCGGGCGGACGGAGCGCCCAGGGGCUCCCGGAGCGGCCCUGCCCUGGCUCCCUCCGGGCGCGGCCCCCGCAGGACCCGGCGGGCUGGAGAACGGACGGUCCCCGCGCAUCAGGUCGCCCAGCGCCCAAGGCUCGCCGUGCAGCGAGGGCUCGCCUUCAGCUCCUCGGACUGAUCCGCGCUGCUUUUCUACAAUAAACUCCCGCGCUGCGUACGUACAGAGGCCGCUCUCGUCGAUAAUCUUCAGAUCUUAGCUUAAUAUCUCUUCUUUAAAAUCUGUUUCUGUUCCACCUUGUGAUCUGAUCACAAUGCUAUUGCUGCGGGCAGCGGUUCACAUAAUUAAAAGCAGAUCCAUUAUUGCUGUAUCGUGCACCCUUCUAUCGCUUUUUGAGCGUUAUUCCAGGUACUAUCCACUGUAGGUACUAUCCAUUGGAUAGGAAGGGUCAGGUCUCAGUCCAAUAAGCAAGAUUGUUUUGGCUUAAGUGGAAGCAUUUAUCAAAACAAAAAGAGCGUAGAAACUGAAGCUGCUCCCAUGAGGAAAGCAUCAGCACCCGUCUUGGUACUGUGGCUUUCCAGAUGCACAGUAACUUCUGAAGCCAUCAAUUACAUCCUUACACACACAGAGAUGCGUAAUUCCAAGAACACCUUUGUACAAAUUAAACCUUAAGAUUAAAGCAAUUUACAGCAUAUACUUUUUACAAAAAAAAAAACCUUGGCAGGCAAAGGUUGUUUCAGAUGUUCUAGCCAUGUUAAUAGUCUACCAUUUCUUGGUUUGCGUUUGGGGUGGGUUUUUUUCAAAUAAAGAUUAAUGAACAAUUCCAAGGAACAAGUACCUUCACUAGGAAUGCUGCACUACACAAUACAAAUUACUAUUUGGAUUCCACCCAAACCACACUGCAGGAAAAAGCAGCUUUGACUUUAACUUCAAAGGAGGAGAUAUUGUUAUGUUGUAGACGUAGAUUUCCUAUAUAACGCUUAUGCAUACUCUUUCCAACAUAAAAAUGGUUGUCUUCUAUUUGGCAACUGCUGCAUCUUGCUAUCUCUACUAUAACUUUGUGGGGAAUCAUUGUAAACCAGAAACCUG